AUGCCUUCCUCCCUUUCUCCUCAAAAGUACAGGCACUCUGGGUCGAGCGACGAAUGUCGAAGAUGGACAGCGACACCUGUAGCGGAUGAAACUGUGCUCAGUAGAAGUGCAAGCGACCCGGCUGAGUGCUCACUGCAGGUAGGACUCUCCUUGAGUUACUCUCCCUUCUUCCUCCUCUGCAAGACUCGACUUUCCCUUCAGUCUACUCAGGACGUUUGUUUCUCCAUACAUUGCCGGCAGAACAUGCGUUCGCAUCUCGUUGACCUUGCGAGCUUCGCGCUGGCCGCAUCAGGCACCACAACACGCACCUUGUGGAGCAAUUAUACCACGGUCCAGAUGUAUAGUGUCGUCUCACCAUCCACACUCACACUGACUACAAGUGACUGGACAAGUAAAGCGUGUUCAGGGCUCGGCAGCCCAUCCCAACGGAUGGCGACUUUCACGGCAGCGAGCGACCUUCCCGAGGCCAGUCUUGGUACCCGCUUCGAUCCCCAACCUCGAAAAAGCACCAAUCGCGCCAUCACAACGGGUCGCACUCCCAGUUGUUCUGACACAUCUACUACAUGCUCCACAGCCAAUACGUGGCCGGCCGUGUCCAGCAGCAAUGGGAGCAGCACCGCAGUGUCUCAACGAUUGGGAGUCUCCACAGCCGGUACUGGAGCACCCGACGCCAGCGUCAACCGAAGCCCUGAUCCCAAAGAACCAAACAGCGCUCAGGCUACCGCGAGAUAUACCUUCAUUCUCGACAUCGCUAUCGAUCGGAACGUCGGCCUUGGGAUUUUAGAGCCAUUUGCGUCAGACGGACUGACUCCUCCAUCUGCUAUACCUACUCCGCCGGCAUACAGUAUGGCACUCACCGUUACCGUGGCAGUACCCACGCCAACGUCCUCCACUAUCCUCUACGGCUGCGCGCCGGUCACCUCCGCCUCUACACGGUCAAGCACUGAACUACCUGAUAUUUUGGAUCGAGUCGGCCAGUGGGAGAUCGAUAUCUACGCCAUCUUUGAAGUCGUGCUCAAGGCUUUCGAAAUGAUCCUAGACCUGGUGAGGAUCAUCUUGGACAUCCGCCAGCUCGUCAAACUAGCUGAGAUUGUGGGCAUUCUUCGCCCUAGGAGGGUUGAAGUCUAG